AUUCAAUCUGAAGAUGAAGAGGAUCUGGACCAAAGGGAACAAUCUCAAGAUGAGGAUGAGGAAACUAGUGCCUCUCCCUUUAGAGCAUUGGAGGAUAUCACAGAUACUACAAUACAGGAGGAGGUGCUGCAGGUCACUGAGGAGAAGGGUUUAUCACCCAGGGGUCAGCAAGAUCAGAACAAGAAGAAAAAGAAACAAGACAUCUCCACCAGUUCAGAUAAUGCUACUUGUAAGAGUGGCAUCAAAACAAGGUCCAAAUCCAUGAAACCUUGAUGAUGAAUACAAUAUGCUGGAAUGCAAGGAGUAUUGAUACUCAAGGUGCUUUGGAUAGACUCCAAAAACUCAAGGAUUAUCAUAGUCUCUCUAUGUUGGCAAUUCUUGAACCAUUUGCUCAUCAAUCACAGAUCAACCAAUACAAAAAUCAGCUUAGAAUGAAUAAUGCCUGUCAUAAUCCUAAUAACAAGAUUUGGCUAUUCUGGAAUCAGGAUGUGGACUGUCACAUUAGAGACCAGGAUGAACAACAGGUGGCUGAUAUUGAUACCUUCCUGGAUACUGUUAAAACAUGUUGGGAUAGGCAUAUGGAAGGAAAUCCUAUGAGAAUUUUCCACCAAGGGCUACAUCAAGCUGGACAAGAUAGGGAUGGCAAGCUUCAGGAGAAAAAGAUUAAAAAGGAUCAAACAACCUCCUUGAACUAUUUUUAUCUUCAAUGUUCUAACUUACUCUUCAAAUUGGAUAUCAAUAUGACUAGUGAUAACCACUUUGAAGGUUCUACAGUUAGGACCAUUGUAAAGGGGAGAGUCUCCCCUGCAUCUUACCUACCUAGGAUUAGAGUAGCCUUUUUCUUUUUCUUUCCUUUCCUUCUACUUUUUGACUGUGCAGGAACUUGUACACAUGCAACAUAUCAAUCCACAGUUGGAGGGCCAGCUAUGUGUGCUGCAUAUUACGCAGUGGCAUGA